UUUAGUUUACGGAAGUUCUAAUCGAUUGGCUGCACUUUAAGAUUAAAACAUGUUGUUUGUCGGCUCUACUUGCAAGUUUUAAAGCGCUUCGUUGUGAGGAAAGACUGUUUGCAUUUAUUUGAUUGCGUCUCCGGUUUCACGAGUUUUCUUUCGCUACAGUUCGUCCUUUCUGGAUGAUAAACUGAACAUAGCAAUGUGAUGCUAACUCUAGCAGCAACAACAACAACAUGGCACAAGUUUCUCCUUCCUCCGGAUCAAUCAUUGUGGCAGACUGGCAUCGGUGUAAAGACAGCAAAGAAUAUUUCAGCAAAAUACUGCACAAGAAGAGGCGCAAAAACUUUGGCCUGUUGGAGUCUCCGGUGAUGCCCCCACAUGUAGCCGUGGACACCGUUCACUAUAAAAUCUUCCUGUCCGGCAAGAGUGGAGUGGGGAAGACUGUUCUGGCUGCACGUCUUGCAGGCUUGAAUAUUCCUAACAUGCACUAUGAAACCACAGGUAUUGAGACAACGGUGGUGUACUGGCCGGUAAAACUUAGAGAAAAUGGCAGAGUGCUUUUCUUCCGUCUGCAGCUGUGGGACUGUGGGGAGAAUGCCUUGCGUAGAUUCGACCAUCUGCUGCCGGCCUGUAAGGAGCAGGUGGACGCCGUCCUCUUCCUGUUCUCCUUCACUGACAGGACCUCCUUUGAUGAUCUGUCAAACCAAAUCGCUAAAUGGACUGGGGCUCCUGUGGGUCGUGUUGUGAAAUUGGUGGUUGGCACCAAAUUUGACCUUUUCAUGCACUGUGACGUGGCUGAGAGAGACGUGAGGAACUUCCAGGAGACGUGGAGCGUACCAGUGCUGCGUGUGGGGGGGGAGGUCAGUGACGGACUGGGGGACGUGGCUUCUCUCCUCAACUGCCUGGCGGAGCACCUGUGGCAUCAGGACUGUGUAUCAGCCAGACACCAUUCACAGCAGGAGACAGGGACUGUACUUUAAUCCUGACUUAGUUAAUCCUGUUUUAGUAGGCAGUUUAGGUGACCUGCACUCGAGGUGAGGUCCCUGCAGUGUGCCUGUGUAUUGACAGCUGAUCUGGGAGAGCUUCAGAUCCCCCGGGAUGAGAUGAAGGAAACUUAUUUGGGGCCGAUUUAAUUAUUUCAUAUAAUUCUAUUAUCACUGCAAUACAUUUGAUUUGUACUCGCCCUUACGUCAGCAGGGUGUUGUAUCAAUAUCGUGAGACCAGAUAAGCUUAUCUAAUUGUUCCAUUAUGUGCCUCGUUGUCUCGUCUGUCCUCCUGCCUGUGAACAUUGCACGCCAUGUUAAAGGAUGAUUACAUUCCUAAAAUGCUUCUCAAGGAGAAUACGCUCAGUGGAGGAGCCAUGAGCAAGGAUGCACAGGCAUGACAAUGUACUGAUACAGCGUUUCAAUUCUUUAAUAUGACAACUUGAAUCACGUCUCAUUAUGUUUUAUGACUGUUGCCUCUACUCCUCGCACCUUCCAUCGCUCACGUUUCAGGUCGGAGGAACAUAAGGAGAAUUUUUAAACUGAGAAAUAAUAGAUUGUCUGAGACUAUGGUUAUAUUAACCUGCAGACGUGUCUAUUAUUUUGUGUUCUUCAUGACACUGGAUGCCUGUUUGAGCACAUACAGUUCUCAAUUUUAAAAUGACAGCUCGUAUUGCUUUGCUUUUUUACCGAUGAUAUUACAGAUUUCCUUUAUACAUUGUACUUAAAACACCUUACACCGAAGUCAAAAUUAAUGUCUGCUUGGUAUUGGGUUAAAUGUUUGAUCAAUAUUCCACAGUGAGAAGAUCAGUGGCCU